AUGGGGGUUGUGGUUUUCUUCUUCUAUUUGUUUGAUGGGAAAGGCUUGGAUAAUGUACUCUCACAGCCUCAACCCGGAUAUCCUGAUUUUGACCCAACUUACUCUCCCUACUUUAUGUAUCACUUCCAGUCAGUCAACUGGCAUUCUCCAAGCGCUAACACUACGUUCCGCAAAAUGACCACCACCACCACCGUCCUCCUCCUCCUCCCCCUCCUUAUGAGCACCCUUCUACCCGCCACCACCUCCUCCGCCCCAAUCCUAGGGCUGGACACGUUCCUAACCAGCCAAUCCCAUCAUGACCCACAAGCCACCAACGACUCCUUCCUCUCUCUCCCCUCCUCCCUCAAGAAAUCCCUCUCUCACCCUUCUCUUCACCCACCCACCACCGCCUCCCUCCUCUCUCUCCAACUCUCCGUUCCCAUCACCGUCAAACUUGUAGGCCCGACCUCCUCCUUCCCUUCCUCAUCUCCUUCCCUCCUAUCCUCAUUCCUUUCCUCCACGAUCUCUUCCGAUCACUUCCACGUCAUCACUCCCUUCAACCCCAACCACCACCAACUCUCUCUCUCCCACUCUCUCCAUUUGGACGUUUCUCUGUCUUCACCUUCUCUCUCUACCCAUCUCUCUGAAACCCUGAAAUCCCAUCUCUCCUCCACCCCGUCGUCUCUCCGAUCCCCUCUUGUCUCUGUCUCGUACUCAAUCGUCGAUCAAAUCAUCAAACAAGACUUCGAAAAAGAAAACCCCGUCAACGGAAUUUACAUAUAUAUUCUCAAUUUGGGAUCUCAAUCGAAGUCUUAUGCUUAUAGUUAUACUCCAGGCGAUGAUUCGCCGGGUUUUGCCAAGUGUUCGGGGACUAUUUGGACGGGAAAAGAUCGGUACUUAUGGAUUGAUCUGGGUGCUGGACCGGUGGAUUAUGGGCCGGCUUUGUCUGGUGAUGGGGUUUUGCCAAGAGGCGAGUUUCAUCAUCUAACGACAUUGCACGGUCGACCCAAGUCGCAAAAGGCGUUGCUUUCUGACUUGUCGUCUUUGGUUUGGAGUGCUUAUCAGGUACUACUGGUGCCCUCUUUGAGAAUUCCUGUUCCUUUUGAGAGUUCAUUGAUUGUUCAGUUCAUACAUAUAUAUGCUUCGGAUGCUAAGGAUAGUAAUGGGUUGGAUUGGAAUUCCAUAGAGAGGACUUUUAUGGAUGAGGUUAAUGAUAAGGGGUUGUUGUUGGGUGAUCAGACUUUGAGAUUCAAGAAAUAUGAGGUCAAAUUAGCAGACUGCACGAUUUGUUCUUUUGUUAUUUCACGGGCCAUUACUUCUUACACUUCUAGGUACUUGUUUGAUAACUAUACUUUGAUUGUUAGUGAGUAUUUGGAUUCGAAGCGCAUGCAUCGAAUGAUAUCUGAAUCAGGUGAGGAGUUUAGGAAGUUGGCGAGGCUUCCGGAGGAGGAUUUUGGGAGGGUUCUUCCUGUUUAUGUUUUUGAUUUGGACGUCAAUACCAUAUUGCUGCUUGAUCGAUAUCACCAAUCUGUCGCAUUUAAAGAUAUGGUUAUUGCUGUCAGGACGAAGAACACGCAAACUGUGAGCGAUUAUAGUUGUAAUGGGCGUCACGUAUUUACACAGACUCGGGAGCUUGAAAGACCACUUGUGGGUUCGAUUUUGCAGAGUAUGUGGGGUGUUUCCCCAACACAUUUGGUGUGGAGUCCUAGGCAUAAUAGUACCUUUGUGGAUUAUACAUGGAGUGUUGGCCAUACACCUUUUGGGCCGUUUUCAGAGAUUUCUUCGUUGUCUUUUGUACAGAAGGAUGCAGCUAGGAGGAAUUUUCUUUUGACAUCUUUGAAUUACAGUGUUAUGAGUGCUAUUGAUGUGCUUGAAUCCAUAGCUGCACAUGGUGGGGACAGAAAGCUUCUUAAACAGAAUCAACAUACCGAGUUUGUACAAAGGUUGAAUUUAUUCAAGUACAAGCUGGACAAAGCUAUUUCUGCGUUGUCCCAUUUCGAUUUUGAGAUGGCUUUGUAUUUCUUGAGGUCUUCAGACCAUGAUCUAUAUGGCAUCCACUCUCUUGUUUAUCAUGCAUCUCAAGACCUGGAGGCAUCACUUGUUUGUUUCAAGGACCCUCCAUUUCCAUGGGCAUCCGUGUCUAUGUCAGCAGGAGUACUCUUUGCCGUCUUCUAUGUUUAUGCAAAAAGAGACAAAUUAUUUAGUAACAAAAGAAAGCAGUUUUGAUUUUGAAGUUUCAAAAGCAUUGGAUCUGAUAUUGUCUAAUCAGUGCAAUCCUGUAUUUCUGUAAUAGAGGCAUGUUGCAAGGUCACAAACUAAUGUUCCAUUUGAGUAAGAAAUUACUGCAGUUUGAGCUAGCAUAUUGACUUCUUUUCAAUUUUUUUAAGUCUGUUAAGUAAAUGUAGUCAACUAGUGCUGGUAAUAUGAGGCCUGUUUAUUAUUAGGUGCAAUAAUAUUUUUACUUUUCUAUGACACCCCUGAUGUUUGAGGCAUGUCAAAACAUGACCCUACGAGACCAACUCCUCCUCCCCUCUCUUUUCCUCAAACGAAAAAGGCAGCACGCAGGCAGUGGAUUUGCAAUCGCAAAACAUGUUGGUUAAAGGGUGGGUUAUCUUGAUGGUAUGCAACCUAUCAAUAUGGUUUUCUGGCAGCAGCUUUUUAUAUGGCCAUGCAUUCUGGACUAGUGCUGAAGAUGUGUGACACUGUGGUUUCAAACCUAUCAAUUGCAUUCUGUUAGUUGAUUGAAAUAAUCUGAUAUCCUUGAUAAAUGAGGGAAUGCCGUGUUUUUAUUGUGGUUCUAAGGGGUGAACCAUCCCUGAUUAUGCAAUCAUGGGGAUGAGGCAGCUGAGGGACUUAUUUUGGAGGAAUCUCAUUUCAUAACAGACUGCAUUGUAUUGUAGAAGCAUCUUUCUUUCUCAAAAUCAACAGAAGUCUAUGUAGGCCCUUCUUCUCUAUGGAUACAGCAAUUGAAACAAAAACUAAAAAUCUCAGUCUCUCUAGAUCAUAAAUGUUUUUCUAUAUUUUGUUCUCUUCCCUUUUCAUGGAUGGUUGGAUAGAGACAAGAUAGUUGUGUAAUUCGUGUUUCGAAUAAGUGAGAGCAAUCUAUGUUUAGCUGUUUAUAUAACCUUGGGAGUUAAAAACACUAGAUAUAUUUCAUUCCCGCAUCAACCAAGGAAGACUAUGAUUCAAAAUUUCUUACAAGAAGCAACAUAAACUGUUCAAGGCAUCUACUUGCCAAUGAAAAGAUGAAGCCGUGUUUAUAAUGUUGUUCCAAGCGAAUUACUUUGCCGAUUAUAACUGAAGUGGAAGUCUCCUUGCAACUCAAUACCAUGAGUGUUGGAAGAGAGCACAUAUGGGAUAUCACCAGUUCCUUCAUAAAAUAUCUUAGCAUACUCAUCAUCACUACCCAGCUGUGCUUGGUUCUUUGUGUCUUCAGGAUCAUUUUCUUCUUGAGAGAUACUUAAGUUCUUCUGGACCAGUUCUCUAAACAUUGAAGACCGAAGGAGUAGUCCAAGUGCUGUUGGGGCGGAAGAUUUGUUGCAUGAACUAGCAGUGAAUUUACCUUGGAAUAAUUCUUGCUUUAGUGGAGAAAUGUGUUCAUCUACAUUUAAUGUGUUAGUGUGGAAGAAGGGUUGGAAUUCUUCACCAGAAUUGAAAUUAGGCGAUGGCAAUGCCUUAGAUUCUAUGUUGGUCUGUGGUUCCUGAACAGAAACUGGAGAGGUUUUUUCUGGCUUCAACCAUUUGAUAUAGGUACUCAAGUCAAAGUUGGUCACAGCGUUGAUUCCUCUGUACUCUAUCGCUGCAACGUCAUAUGCACGAGCAGCGUCCUCUUGGGUACCUGUAAAGAGAUAUGCCGCUUAGGUAAGAACAAACAAUAGUAUAUAUUGUUUUACUGUGUCAAUUCAUGUCAAGAUUGAUUCUUUUGUGAUGAUUCAAGACUUGGUCUUUUUAUCAUAUAUGUUAAUGCAUCAAACAUUCAUCUUAGAAGAUCACAAUAGUUUGUUUAGGUGUAACUUACUGUAAGUGCCAAGAUAG